AUGCCUCCCAAGCGCAAGCCCAACAACACCAAGAAGCGUCGCGCUAAACCAGACCAGGGAACUGCCACCACACCCAGCCCCAGCCCAUCCAAGCUCAACUCAGCUGACCAUUCCACCCAGAGCACUCCCAACCAACUCAACCGCAGCACUCCCCCUACCCCCUCCUCCAAACCCGCCUCCAAUGGCCCCUCACAAGCAGACCAUAAACAGCCGGCAGACUCAGACCCUCCCAAUCGACCGUCUAAACAGGCAUCGACCGCUGCUGGCAGCGCGCAGAAGAACUCAUCCGAUCACCAGCCUGCCAAGGCCAACGAGCUUCCGUCUUCGGUCAAGAGUGCUGCCAGCAACUCGGACUUCGCUCCACUGACCGAGCGAUCUGUUAACCGCCCUGAAUCAAACUCCAACCAACACCACUCGAACACCUCCAACGAGACUGGCCGUCCUAACAAGUCUACCAAAGACCAAAAUUCCAAGCAAACCCCAGGAGCUCAUCGUGUUCCAGGCUCUGUGGAGCUUGAUGUCGAAAACCAUCCUGAUCCAACGGCCAAGUCGAAAGCUGAGUCCAAGAAGAGUCAGCAGGCCUCCAACAAGCCGAGCACCACCAACAGUCAUUCAGACGACCCCCCGCCCGCAAAUCAACACCAAAAUCCAGAGGAUGAUCACACACCAGAAAAAGUGGCAUCGGAGCCCACUUAUCCACAAAACGGGAUACCAAAAGAGUCGAGUGAACAUCAUAAGGAACCUGACACCGCUCCUCAACAGCAACAUCCAGAGGAUGAUCCCGCCCCCGCGAAAAUCGCAUCGAAGCCCACUCAUCCCCAAAACGGGAGACCGAAGGAUUCGAGCGAAAGUAAAUCUAGCGAUCAUAAGGAGCCUGAGACGCCCUCAGCCAACUCAGAGAAUGGCCUCUCGAAGAGCCUCCCAAACUCUCACAAAAAGCCCACCAAACACGUCAAGUUUACUAAUGCGGCCGCGGCCGACCCAUCUGCGGAUGCCCCGAGGCCCGAAGCUGGUGGGCACCAGAACCACCGUAAGCAGAGCAGGCCUGAGGAGACUGAGGAGCACGGGGAUGUGCACCCCAAGCACAAAUCGAUCCGGCGCGAGAUGUCUGGGGCGGCCGACCAGUUCGACUUUGAUGCCCAACAAAGGCUGUACGAUGGUCCCGGGGGCGGGAUGGUCAAGAAGCCGCGCCACCGCCGCCCGAACGGUACCAGCAGCCACUCCGCCGACCAACGCGCGGCAGAUGGGCCCGAUGAAGCCGGAUCAGACCAGUCCAGUACGGCCUCGCAUGACGAAGACGCGCGCCACCCACACCGGGACUCGAUGGGCUUCCAACACGCCCAACGCUGUCUCCAAUCGAUCGUCGACAUCCAGCACCUCAACGCCCGGCCAGCCGACCUGGACCCGGACCUCCUGCAGAUCUAUCUGAGCUACUUCGACCAGGACCAGGAUGGCUUGUUGGACCCCUUGGACACCUGGCGCGCUUUCCGUCGCCUCGGCUUCGGCUUGCUCUGGGCCGCCGCUGCCACCCUCGCCCUCCAUGCCCUCUUCUCCCCCUUCAUCGGAAUGGGCUCCUGGCUCCUCCCCGACGUCUUGGGCAGAUGCCAAUUGCCGCUAGGCCCCCAUCUCUCCAAAUCCUCCCCCAGCUCAAUCAACAUCGACCCGCACGACAUAUCGCAUGUAGAUAAAGACCAUACUCCGGACAAAGUGGGUCCGGCGGCGUUGUGGAAGAAAACCCAAGAGCACAUGGGCGUAGCCGAGAUGACUGAUCCGAUUGGGUGGCUCAAGUUUGUGCUGGGCUGGCUUAUAGCUCUCAGCUUAACCUGGCCGACGGAUCUGUGUGUGAAGCACGAAUUGAUCAACGGUGUUUACAACGGCGAGUUGCUGUUCCUGGUCGCCCAUGACCUGUCAACCUAG